AGAAAUAGUUUUUGUAACAAAAGUGUACAGGUGUUGCAUGAGUGUAUUAGUAUAGUGCGUGAGUAUCCACAUGCUUUCAUUUCAAGCAGGGAACUGUUACACUAUGACAGGAGUCCGUCCGGUCUACACAGAUUCCAUAACUUCUCAAAAAGUAUAGUUUUGAUUGACUUUAUCAACAUUUGUCUGAAAAUUCCUCUGGCACUUUGAUGGAAGGAUGGGGACAGUCUCUGAAGAAGUUAGGAGGCUUUUGAAUGACUGUGAGCUGUUUGUAUCAGAUAUCCUACAGGAUGAGAACCUCAGUAAACAUGCCAGGGAAACACGGGACGUCUUGCUUAAUAACUUCAGGGUGAUCUACUCCAGAAAUCCUCAGGCAUUUCCCUUCAGAUCUGAGUCCAGACAGGAGGACAGUUCAGAUGACAACCAGAGCUCCAGUCUGGGCCGCUCGGCCCCCUCAGAAGACCUGUCAGUGGCCUCUGACUACCAGGACGAGGGCUCUCCCGACUACUUUGAGGAGAUCCAAAUGGUGGCAGCCCAGGAUCUCAGCAACAUCUUGAAACAAGGCUACCUGGAGAAGAAACGACAAGAUCACAGCUUCUUCAGCUUAGAAUGGCAAAAGCGAUGGUGUGUCCUCAAAAACACAAUAUUCUACUACUUUGGGAGUGACAAAGACAAGCAGCAGAAAGGUGCCUUCUAUGUCAAGGGUUACAGUGCAGAGAUGGUGGCCAACCUACGUAAAGACUCCAAGAAAAAUGCCUGCUUUGAGCUGAGUGCCCCUGGCCGACACUCCUUCCAGUUCACUGCUAGCAGUGUGCGAGAAGCCAGGGAAUGGGUGGACCAGAUCAACUUUGUCCUGAAAGAUUUGAGUUCCAGCUUCAUCCCCUUUGAGGAUGAGACCUAUGAUGACAUUGAGGGGGUGACGGUGGUGGCCAGCCGUCCCCCUUGGCCCGCCCCCUUCCCGGUCCUGCCCCAACAGGUCAAAGCCUCUCUCAGUAGCCAGGAGGAAGGGAGGCCCAGCCAGUGGGAGGAACAGGAAGAGGAUGAUAUCUACGAGGUGCUCCCAGAGGAUGACAUUCCAGGAUCCAUUGAGGAGAUCAGUGAGAAGAGCACGAAACCAGUGUGGUCCAUAGACUAUGCCAAUUACUACCAGGGCUUGUGGGACUGUGAGGCAGACGAGACUGACGAGCUGGCCUUCCAAAGAGGUGACCUCAUCUACAUCGUCAGUAAGGAGUAUAACAUCAAUGGCUGGUGGGUCGGAGAGCUGAACGGAACCGUCGGUAUUGUCCCUAAAGACUUCCUCCAUCCUGCCUACAUCCUCUGAGCUCCCAAGAGGGAUGUUCUAACUAAUCCAGACCUUUUCUGAACGGAAUAAACCACACACACGGUUCAUUUCCUGGACACAGAUUAAGCCGAAGAGAAGGACAAACUGAAGGACUGGCUUGAAUUGGGAGGAUGAUCAUGAGCAAAAGCUUUUGGUUUACUUCCCAAAGUUGCAAAGAAAAUGUUGCGAUCCAUUUAAUAAACACAGGAGACUAGCCAAACUGAUGUCAUGGUGUGGCAGUCAGGAACAGCGACUUUACAUAAUAUGAAAAAGCAAUACUGCAAGGCGCAGCUCCAUGUCAGAGAUAGCAAACUGAUACUGUAUACUGGUUAUUGGGGUGGGAUUGGUAUAGUGUGGGGGGAUCCAUGGGUGGAUUUGGAUCACAUCUUACUCAUUUGUCAGGAAGAAUGAUGGUUCAAAUAGGAUGUUAGGUACUGUAUUUAUUUCUCAGAGAUCAAAUUAUAUUUCCACAAAAUAAUGUUUCUGGAAUGAAACCUGUUUCAGCACAAUUCUUGUGCUUUUAGGUGGAACGACACUCAUCCCCAUUUGUUCAAGCUGAACCCAGAAACCCGCCCCACAACAGCAACACAGAAUGCCUAAGGGGACGCAUGCAGGAUGACACUUUUUCCCCCCAGAACUUAUGAAUAAAACACAGUCAAAGUUGA